GGGGAGGGGGAAGAUGGCGUCUGGUUGCUUAGCAGUGAGGCUGUAAAUCCGGUGUAGUGUCAUCAUAAUCCCCGAGAGCGGAGCCCGGCCGACAUGUCUGACUCGGAGGAGGAGAGCCAGGACCGCCAGCUGAAGAUUGUCAUCCUGGGGGAUGGGGCCUGCGGGAAGACAUCGCUGGCCAUGCGGUUUGCCCAGGAAUCGUUCGGAAAACAGUACAAACAAACAGUAGGACUGGACUUCUUUCUGAAGAGGAUGACAUUGCCAGGAAAUUUAAAUGUUACGCUUCAAGUCUGGGACAUCGGAGGACAGACAAUAGGUGGAAAAAUGCUGGAUAAAUAUAUUUAUGGAACACAGGGAGUUUUGUUGGUAUAUGAUAUCACCAACUACCAAAGUUUUGAGAACUUAGAAGAUUGGUUUUCCAUGGUGAAGAAGGCGAAUGAAGAGUCAGAAACACAGCCGUUUGUAGCGCUGGUAGGCAACAAAAUUGACUUGGAACACAUGCGAACGGUAAAAGCAGAUAAACACCAGAGGUUUUGCCAAGAAAAUGGUCUCGGAAGCUUUUUUGUCUCGGCAAAGACUGGAGAUUCUGUUUUCCUGUGUUUUCAGAGAGUCGCAGCAGAGAUCCUUGGAAUCAAAUUAAACAAGGCAGAGAUUGAACAAUCCCAGAGAGUUGUGAAGGCUGACAUUGUAAACUACAGUCAAGAGCCAGUUACCAGAAUGGUCAACCCUCCUCGGAGUUCUAUGUGUGAGAUCCAGUGAAAGUACAGUUGGUCUGAAUCAUGGAGCUUACAAGUGAUUUCUACGAUUACACAGACCAGCAGUUCACCAUGUCCUUCAUUCUAACAGUGACAAUCUUGAUAGUGUAUUUUGAAAAACGUCAUACAAUAUUUUGUUUUAUGAAGCAGCAGACAGCCACGUUGGCACAAGGCCAAGGCUCAGACCACACACUAGAAAAUCUAAAUUAAAAAAGAGUGUUCAGAA